GAUGAGUGCUUGCCGUCGUACCUCGCGUAUUUCCGGAUGCUUUCUCCUGGACUCGCUGGCGAGAGAUUGCAAUUCAGUCACUAGGAAGGCUAGUGAGCUCAUCUCGUCCUUGCGUGAUUCUGAACGAGAUUUAAACGAGUCCACACAAAUUCCAGGCUUUUGUCGGUUAUAGCGGAACACAGCCCAGGCUGCCCAGUGCGCAGAAGAUCAGAGAUUGAAAGAAAUUGUCAACUGAGGGUCGAAUGAUGAACUGCAAUUGUGUUUGGGAAAGUGUAUUAUGGGCGCUUCAGAGUUGACGUUGUUGAUGAUCAUGAUUGGCUGUGAUCAUUGCUUCAGCAUCUACCCCAGCACCAAUGGGAUUACUAAAAGUUCAAGCUUGAGGACCCAAAUGCUUUACGCUUUUUCAUACAGUGUUCGUCAUCAUGCGUUCGGACAAGCGGGUCGCGGUAGAAAUUCAAGAAAACUAGUUGAGGUAACCAAUGCAAUCCCAUUGUACUAAUUUAGUGUUCAUGCGACCUGCUGCCCAUCUCUGUGUCACUCGAUGAUGUCUCGAUCUACCUGUCGACGAAUUCAAUUCAUACGUUCCGGUGGCAUCUGUCCGAGUGCUUGCAGUUCACGACUGGCCACAAUGUGUCCCAGUGACUAUUAGGGUCCAUUCGGAUUUGAUUCUCCGUCUGUUGGAAGGGAGUCCGGUCCGAGCUGUGACGUGCCAGUAGUGCAGAGUGGUGCCUUGCGUACUCACGGCGUGUUCUCCCCCGCAAGCAUGAUUAUCACUGGUUUGUCGUUGGAGACCCUUGCAACAUUAGUGAGUUUGGUGUGUGCACUGCGCGCCUUCCAGCUCUUCUUAGAUUUCCGUCGACUGUUG